UCUGGCACAUAUUUUUUAAUGCAUUUGAAUAGAUAUGUGUUUUUUCCACUUGAAAAUGUGCAGAUGCAUGGGUUUCUUUGAAUAGUAGUUUUCAAGUGGUCAGGGCUUUAACUGUAGGAUAUCAGAUGUUAAAGUAAAGGAGUCUCUAUACAGUUGAACAUAGCAGCAAGUUUUUCCCACGGAUGUUGCAUUGAGUAGUUUUGUAUAGCAAAGGCCCACAGUAAAUGCCUUAACAGAAAAAGUGACUCUUUGUAACAAUAGAAGACAAUAGUGGAGUGCCCCUAGCAUCUCGCUAUUUUAGCAGAAAAUUCAUUCACUCGACCAGUGAAGUAAAAUGAAAAUGGAGCAAAUGUGGCAAAUUUCUAUGAGAGAGUGACACAUGUUUUGUGUUGUUUCCUUUGUUACUUUAAAUUUAUUUGGCCAAUUGACAGGAGUACUUCCGAAAGUAAAUAGCUGCUGUUUGAUUAGGGUUUGCAUAGUCUACAGCAUGAAGAAAUUCAAUGGUAGAUUUGCCGCAUGCAAAACAGGAAAAGAAAAGCUAGUGAUAGGUAUAUGGAUUUGUUUUCUUAACUUCAGUCAAUCAAUUAAAGGAUUUGAAAGGAAAUCCCUUUGUUUCGGAAUCUCUUAUGUGAGAGUUUGAAAAACUUUCUGAUUUAAGCAUUUUAAAGUCCUGUGUUUUCUAUUUGCAUAGUGUCUGACAUAGGAGGAACAUACCUGUAUAGUGAUAUCUAACAAAAGAAUUUGAUAAAACACGGAUUAGUGUCUUCUGAACUUUACUCUUGGAAUUAUCCUGUAAAUGCAAAUCCCAUGCUUUUAGAUUUAACCCUACAUAGUUUAUUUUUGGAAGCUUGAAACGAUUACAUUGCAAGUCAUGUUUGCUAUACCACCAAACCGUAAUAAAUUGUUAUUUGAAAAACUGUGGUUUCUGGAUCUCCUAAAUUUUAUUUUGGUAAAGCAAUGGUUAUGCAGGAAGACUUUGACCUAUUUUAAAAUGAGCAGUAUGAUACUGAAUUAAAAGAAGAGUGAGAGAAGUUGGAGGAGGGGGGGGGCAUGAGAAAAAAUUCUCAAGAUCUUUUAAGGCUUCAGCGUUCAUACACCUUGAUACUGGAAGCUUGGGACUUGGAUGGAACAACACCAGGGCUGGGAAAUGGCAAUGCUAUGAUCGAGCGAGCUGCCCAUUCAGGAAUCAUUCUUCCUGGCCAGGACUGGCACACUCUGACACAUAUUGGACCUACCGCAAGCUUUGUCUACAGAAUUCGAGUAGUCUGUGACCCCUUCUACUACAACACAACAUGCAACAAAUUUUGUCGACCACGGAAUGAUCAGUUUGGCCACUACGAAUGUAACGCUAAUGGAGAUAAGGUGUGCCUGCCAGGAUGGAUGGGAAUGAACUGUGAAACAGCUAUCUGUAGAACGGGUUGCCACAGCAUCCAUGGGUCAUGCACCCAGCCAGGGGAAUGCAGUUGUGCAUUUGGCUGGCAGGGCCCGCUCUGUGACCAGUGUAUUCCCUAUCCAAACUGCCGCCAUGGUUCUUGUCAAGGUUCUCCUUGGCAGUGCAUAUGUGAUACCAACUGGGGAGGCAUCCUAUGUGACAAAGAUCUAGAUUAUUGUGGCAACAAGCACCCCUGUCUCAAUGGAGGCACCUGUCGUAACACAGCACCUGAUGAGUAUCAGUGUAACUGUCCAACUGGGUUCUCUGGGGUCAACUGUGAGAGAGCUGACUACAUCUGUGCCCCAUCACCUUGUUCUAACCACAGCACAUGUGUGGAGAGGCAGGGGACUUUCUCUUGUGUCUGUGAGCCAGGCUGGACUGGGGAGCUGUGUGACAUCAACAUCAAUGAAUGUGCGUCCAUUCCAUGUUUGAAUGGAGGUACCUGCCAUGACAGAGAAAACGGCUAUUUUUGCCAAUGUGAAUCAGAGUGGCGAGGGUCGCAAUGUCAACUUGAUGCGGAUGAGUGUUCAGGAAGUCCUUGUCAGAAUGCAUAUGCCUGCCGCAAUCUUGUUGGAGAUUACGUUUGUGAUUGUAUUGUGGGAUGGACUGGGAAAAACUGUGAUGUCAACAUAAUGGACUGUCAUGGCCAGUGCCAGAAUGGAGGUGCUUGCACAGAUUUGGUGAACGACUACUUUUGUCAGUGCCCCCAGGGGUUUGUAGGCAGAAAUUGUGAGGUCAACAUCAACGAGUGUGGCAGUAACCCUUGUCACCAUGGCGCUCACUGUGAAGAUCUUGUCAACUCUUAUCGCUGUCUUUGUCCCCAGGGGUACACAGGAACUAACUGUGAGGUUGAUGUUGAUCUUUGUGAUCCAAAUCCUUGCCGCAAUGGGGCACGCUGUUUUAACAUGGUAGAUGACUACUAUUGCCUAUGCACUGAAAACUACGAAGACAAGAAUUGUUCAAGGCCAAAGUAUAGAUGUGAAGUAGAGACAUGCCAAGUUAUUGACAGCUGCACAGUUCCCAUUCCAUCAAACACCAGCCUGGGUGGUAUACAGCUGGUGCCUUCUAGAGUUUGUGGAGAUCAUGGUACUUGUUACAGCCAGGCAGACGGUGGCUUCCGAUGUGUAUGCGAUAAAGGCUACACGGGAACCUAUUGUCAUGAAAACAUCAAUGACUGUGCUCCAAAUCCUUGCCUGAACCAGGGCACCUGUAUUGAUAAGAUUGAUGACUUCCAGUGUAUAUGUAAGGAAGGCUGGGAGGGAGACCUAUGUCACAUUAACAAAGACGACUGUGAAAACCAACCUUGUCGUAAUAAUGGUACAUGUGUGGACCUGGUGGAUGAUUUCACUUGUUUAUGCAAAGAUGGGUGGAAAGGAAAAAGAUGUAACCUCAGGCACAGCCAUUGUGAUGCUUCCACUUGUUCCAACAGUGGCACUUGUAUUGAUCUCGGGGAAACUUUCACAUGUUUGUGCCCACCUCAGUGGGAGGGCCAGACAUGCCAUCUAGCUAAAAACCACAGCUGUGACUCGUCCCCCUGUAACAAUGGUGGGACCUGUGUCAACUCUGGUGACAGUUUUGCCUGUAUCUGUAGGGAAGGAUUUGAGGGGGUGACAUGUGGGGAAAACAUCAAUGACUGCAAUCCAUACCCUUGUUAUAAUGGAGCAAAGUGCAUAGAUGGUAUAAACUGGCACCAGUGUCAGUGCAGCAGUGGCUUUGCUGGACCUGACUGCAGAAUAAAUAUAGAUGAAUGUUUUUCCAAUCCCUGUUCCUAUGGCAGCACAUGUAUAGAUGAGAUUGGGUCAUAUAAGUGCUUGUGUCCUCCUGGGAGAACAGGGGACAGAUGUCAGGAGGUGAUUGGGAAGCAGCCAGCCCCCUUGCCAUGUACAUACAGCCGUCGUGUAUAUUCACAUAACUCUUCGUGGGAACAUGAAUGCAAUUCCUGCAAGUGCAAUAAUGGAGUGGUUCAGUGCACCAAGCUGUGGUGUGGUCCACUCAAUUGUCUCAGUCAUCCAAACAGUUCAAAGCCAGUGGAGGCAUGCCCAGCUGGACAGAGGUGCAUCGCAGAGACCAACAAAGUCUGCUUCACCCCUCCUUGCCUACCCUGGGGACAUUGUGUUGACUCAGCGUCCCCCCAGGGACCUUCAGAGGCCCCCCAUAUCCCUCCAGGUGUUAACACACAGUGCGUGCCAAACGCAGCUGAACCAAGUAAUACUUGUGCCAAGAUUACCCUAGUUUUUGACAAAUCAAAAAUGCCAACCGGCAUAUCAGUGGAGGGCAUUUGCAAUAGUAUUCGCCAGUUGCCAAUUGUAAAAACUCUCAGCCAAGAAAAAACAAUAGUGAUAUUAUGUGCUAUCAAGAGUGGCCAAAAUGAUGCCAUUGAAAUAACAGUGUCCACCCCAGAUGAGUCGUCAGCUGAAUCCCAACCUGCGGACUCUGUGAAGUCAAAGCCAUUUGUCCACAGAGCAGCAGAAGAUAUGUCGGAUGUUAUAAGCAAUCGUAUGAGCAACAGCAGUGCCCUGGUAGCUGUUGUGGAGGUCAAAUUAGAGACAACAAUCAUUAAUAAAACUGUAGAUAAAAGUAGUACUUAUUUAAUCCCAGUAAUCUGUUCUAUAAUCGGUCUAAUGGGAAUAGUUGCAAUAAUUGUACUGAUUGUGUGGCACAGGCGCAGGAAGCAGAAACGUGCACACAAGAAUUCGUCCUCAACAAGCACAGAAUUCAGAAACAAUGAAACAAACUUGGAAAUUGAGGACAAUCUACGCAGAUAUAGAAAUCCACUGUUUGAAACAGACAAAGGUGGAGGAACAACUUCAGGAACAAACACCACAGAACUUAUUGAGUAUAAUUUAGAAAAAUAUGAAAAAAGCCCAAGGAGAGGAGGGCACUCAUACUUACAUAAAGACCAUAAUACUGACAGUUCGAGCAGCUUUCCUGAAGAUCCUCCAUUAAAAAAGCCAAUAAGGAAAAAGGAGAGUAACAUAGAGAUCUCAAGAACUUUAAACAGGGGUCGUGGUCACCACCCAAGUCAUGGAGAAGAAAUAGUUGUGUAGCAGUUAUGUUAGAAUCAAGUGAUUCUUGUGUAUACUGGUAGUAUGUUAUUUAUUAACUGUACAGAACCCUGUAAACUUAAGUUGUUGACAAGUAUAUGUCAGUUCAUUUUUUGUGAAGAUAUUGUUGACUAUUUUUGUAUUUGUUGAUUUCUCAUCGUCAUAUUUUGUUGGCAAACUAGGUUGCUCUGGCAGACAGUGCUUUAGUGAGCCAUAAUUUUACUAGAGCAUCUUAUUCUCCACAGUAUUAAUGAUAGCUGGGUUAUAAGUUGGUGUGGUAUUGCACUAGCUGCCUGGAUAUAUCAGAAAAGUAGAUAUGAGUAGCUAGAUAUUAGGACUUAUAGAUCAGGACAGAUACUAAUGUGGAGCACACAUUUAGUAUCUUGCAGUUUUAAUAGACAGUUUUAGUAUCUUAAGAUUAUCUAAACAGUUGGGUGACUUGUUUGCUGGUUACUUUAACCUUGGUUUUAGUAAAGUUUCUUUUUUUUUUUAAUUUUCACUGGACUUAACAUGAGAUUGUGAUAGUCCUAUUGUAUUCUUGAAUAAUAGAUCUUAUUUUGGGUGCCCCUUUUUGUUGAAUGUGAAUUAGUUAUGGCCUUGUACAUAGAUGUACAGAUCUUUUUUUUUACUCAUCAUCAUUGUACAGUUCGUGAUUUUUUUUUUAUUUAGUCAUUUCAUUCUAUUUACAUAAUUGCCCCAUUAUUCACCAAAUAUUAAGUUGUUGUUGUCAUGCUAUAUAAUGUUUUUGAUAUGUUUCAUUUGUGAAUGUCUUUUUCAAAAGUUCAAGAGUAUUUCUUAACUGAGUCACAAAAAUUCAUGUGUUACCAUUCCUUAAGUUUCUUUCAUUAAGAAGUGAAUUAUUUCAUCCACAGUUGAUGAGUUCUGCAUUCGAUUUUAUAAAACUAGUAUGAUCAUUUUGCAUGCAGUUUAAUCAUUCAAAUUCAGUUUAUGACUAAAAAUAUUUUUACUCAUAUGAUCUUGAACAUAAAUUCUGUUUGACUUUAUAUGAAAAUGUUUUUGACCACUGUCUCCCCUUGAUUUUGAAAAAAUUGCAAGAGCUAAUAUUGAAUUAUCUGCUAAAACAUUUCAUUUUAAUCUGAAAGACAGUAGUUGUUGAACAACUAAGCUAAAUGGAAUGAAUAUAAUCUAAUGGAUGAAUCCUUAAAAUUAAACAAAAUUGCUAAAAUAAUGUUGAAUUAAGAAUUUGAUUUGAAUUACAAAAAUUUAUGGCCAUUUGUUUGUAACUUACCAUUUAGUGAUAUGUUUAAUCACAUAAUACUGACAAACCAAAGACCACAAUAAAAUUAAUUGUACUUUUCAUAUAAGUCAAAGGUAAUGAAACAAAUGUGUAAAUCUCUGUUAGCAGUCUGUUAUGUAAGUGUACAUAUAGUAUUUUAUUACUUAACAUUUUCUCAGUAUGUUUUAUGUGCGUUUUCUUACCUGCUUGUGCAAUAUCAAAUGAUUCACAUUGUUGAUUUUGUAAUACACAGGCUAGCUAAUGACCAUUGUAAAGGGUUCAUUUCUGAUUGGACCUUGUACAUAACCCCAUAGUUUUAUGUACUUUCAAGCAAAAGGUCUGCCUAAUGAUAAAAUUAUGAAAAAAUAGUAGCCCUUUAUAUAAAAGCUUUAAUAAUAAAGAGA